ACCAACGGGGAGAGUGGGGGAGCAAGAGCGCGCGUGUCAGGUUCAUCCUGUACUGACUCAUCAGUUCACGCCUUGCCAUGUCUGAUCGUGUCCUAGACGAUAAUAAGUCGACAGGUUCAGGCUAGGUUAGACAGCUGCUCCCAGAAGUGUUUGUUUGACAGAAGAAAACCUUACGUGUCAAUUGUGACGACCGCGUGCCAGCUGCUUAUGCAAGUAUAACCCUGAUAAUCAGACAAGUUUUCUGUUGAAGACGAUACCAGAAUCUUACCGCUAUUGCUCCAACCCAGUGCCAGUUUGGUAGCACGCCAAAUGUGAUGCCGUUGCGAGAAGAAGAGCAAUCUCGCAGCGAUUGGUCCAGAGCAAACAUUCCUCUCCCUAUACGCAAAGCGAUGCCUGGCUCCAGCCAGGGGUGGCUCACUGGCCUUUCUCAAGCUGAAGACGAUGAGGCCCCCCUCGGUUUUUGGAUGGCUCCAUGGGAUCCAUGCACAGAAGCAGCCCCACGGACAUUCCGGCUGUCAUCCACUCCUUUUUUUUUAACUUUCCCAUUUGUGGCAUCUUAUUUCUCUUUGGCACUUGGCAGGCCAGAACAUUCAAAAGUGCCGUGCGGGUCAUAGCCUAAUCCUGCCCCACAUGCCAGUGUCACUAGUUGCAGAUGACCCGUUUUUUCUCUGAUAUAUCUCCAGUCUCAUAUAUCUCAGUCUAUCUUAUAUAUAAGCCGGAAUUUUUAUUAGCAAUCUCAAAAUCUUCUGGCAGCACAAACCGACGUUAACAGACUUUUUCUUUGUUGAGAACCUAUCUUUACAAUAUACAUCUUUUAAAUUUAAAACAUUUAUCUUUUAGAUAUUAGCACUACACUAGUUAAUGCUUUAAAAUUGGGUUCGGACAAAACUAGAUGCACUCGACUCGCAUCUGUAGUUGUCCAAUGCGCGUGCUGAAGUCAAACCGGAGGCUUCCUGCACCGAGUCCAUGUCCACUGUUCCCCCGACAUACAGACCCCGCACAUUGGUUUUCCCCUCACAGGCCCGUAGCCUCUGCCCACGCAGGGUCUCAGGCCUCCCUCUCGGCUCUUGCACACGGACAGGCCCCGUGCGCGUACAAAUAAGCCAAGCUGGGCGGCCAUCCACACGGGCGCGAACUUGACACGCGCCCCCUGCCCCGCCGCCGCAGUUCUCACCUCUCACGGCCACGCCGGCACGUCCGCUCGCGCGCACACUGUUUUUUUUUUCUUGGUAAGGGCCGGCGGCCGGGCCGAUAAUCGUAAAGGAAGGCGAGGCAAUACACCCACCGAGAGAGAAGAACUAAGCUUUGGACACGGAAGAUCGCAAGAGCCUCAACCACACUAUUCAGGUGGCCUAGGACUCUACGAGGGACGUUCGUCGUGCCUCGGAUGAGAUGGGUGGCGGCGGCGGAGGAGGAGGAGGCGGGAAGUCCGAGAAGGCGCGGCGUUCGUCGGCGCGGGUGAGGUUGUGGGUCGCGCGCGCCAGCACCGUGCUGCUCUGGACGUGCCUCGUCCAGCUCGCGGCCUACCGGGAGCUCUGGGCGCCCAGCGUGCUCUCCAGGUGGCCUGGCUGCCUCAACCAGCCGCACGUCGUGCAGAGGCCAUCGGAGCGUGUGGCGGACGCCGGCCAGACGCAGGCAGCGCGCGCUUUGGUGGUGCUCCCACCCAAAAGAAUCUACAGGAACAACGGCUAUCUGAUGGUCUCCUGCAACGGCGGGCUUAACCAGAUGCGAGCAGCAAUUUGUGACAUGGUAACCAUCGCAAGGUAUCUGAACGUUACUCUCAUCGUACCGGAGUUGGAUAAGGCUUCAUUUUGGGCUGAUCCCAGGUACUAUUUUCCUUUCUUUCUUUCUAUACCGAUUCUCUUUUCUGUUCCCUUUCUAAAAAGAACCGUUUUCUUCGGUUUAUUCUUUCGCAGCGAUUUCCAAGACAUAUUUGACGUGGACUACUUCAUAGCGUCGCUGAGAGACGAGGUCCGGAUCCUGAAGCAGCUGCCUCCGAGGCUCAAGAGAAGAGUGGAGAUGGGAUCCCUCCGGUCCCUGCCACCAGUCAGCUGGUCCGACAUCGGCUACUACCGCCGUCAGAUUCUGCCUCUGGUAAAGAAGUACAAGGUCGUUCACCUGAACAGGACGGAUGCCCGGCUCGCGAACAACGGCCUGCCCGUGGAGAUGCAGAGACUGCGGUGUCGCGUCAACUACAAUGCCCUGAGAUUUACCCCUGAAAUCGAGGAUCUGGGCAGACGCCUGGUUCGAGCUCUUCGCCGGAACGGGCCCUUUGUGGUCCUUCACUUGCGGUAUGAGAUGGACAUGCUUGCCUUCUCCGGAUGCACGCACGGUUGCAGCAGCAUGGAGGCUCAAGAGCUCACGAAGAUGAGAUAUGCCUACCCAUGGUGGAAGGAGAAAGUGAUCGACUCGGACGCCAAGAGGAAAGACGGGCUGUGUCCGUUAACGCCGGAGGAGACCGCGCUGGUGCUGCAGGCGCUCGGCAUUGACCGCGGCUACCAGAUCUACAUUGCCGCAGGCGAAAUAUACGGCGGGCAGAGAAGAAUGGCUGCGCUCACCUCGGCUUAUCCCAACGUGGUUAGAAAGGAGACGCUGUUGCCUUGGGAAGUCGGCCUGUUCCAGAACCACUCCUCCCAGAUGGCUGCGCUGGACUACAUGGUGUCCCUGGAGAGCGAUGUCUUCAUACCCACCUACGACGGCAACAUGGCCAAGGUCGUAGAAGGCCAUCGCAGGUACCUGGGGUUUCGGAAGACGGUGCUGCUGGACCGGAGGCGUAUCGUCGAGCUCGUCGACGAGUACAGGAACGGCACGUUGCGCUGGACCGACUUCUCGUCUGCCGUCAUGGCGUCGCACACCAGCCGCAUGGGCGAACCGUCCAGGAGGCAGACGGUUCCUGACAGACCCAAGGAAGAGGACUACUUCUACGCGAACCCGCACGAGUGCCUGCACCAGCCGGAAGAUGUCUCCGCCUUGUGAUACCCGCGCUCCCGCGGUACAAUACAGUACAGUGGAUGAUGCGCGGGCUUUCGGAGUCCAGAACCACAUGUAUAUGUAAUAGACUAAUAGCGCAUUCGACAGCGUUGCGUUGGCAGAGGGUAAACGUAAACGGACGAGGAGGGCCUCGCGUUCGGUCCGGUUGAACGAGCAUGUGAGUUAGGAUUCGGUACACAGAUUCAUGGAACGGUGGUUCGCCGAUUCUUUUUUCUGUUCAGAAUAAGCAGACCCUUUCGUUGUUGUU